GUGGAGUCUGGCGAAGGCAAGGAGAGAGCAUGGGGUGUUUUUGAAUAAUUAUUAAAAUGAGCAUGUGUCUGCGCCAUCCUGUGGGUGUGGCGCAGAGCAGAGUGUAAACUCUAGCGGGGCCGAAGCAAACAUUGGCUUAGCGGCAGCAGCUGCCAGUCUGUGCCUAGGAGUGUGGGGACCAGCGCGGCGGCAAGCAGAUCGACACCAUGGCCUCCUCUCAGGGGAAAAACGAGCUGAAAUUCGCCGACUGGAUGGCAACUCUGCCUGAGAGCAUCCACAGCAUCCCCCUCACCAAUUUAGCCAUCCCAGGGUCCCAUGAUUCCUUCAGCUUCUACAUUGAUGAAGCUUCUCCAGUAGGCCCUGAGCAGCCAGAAACUGUCCAGAACUUUGUUUCCGUGUUUGGAACUGUGGCCAAGAAGCUGAUGAGGAAAUGGUUAGCCACUCAAACGAUGAACUUCACUGGUCAGCUAGGAGCUGGAAUCCGCUACUUUGACCUGCGAAUUUCCACCAAGCCCAGAGACCCAGACAAUGAACUGUACUUUGCUCAUGGCUUAUUCAGUGCCAAAGUCAAUGAGGGUCUUGAAGAGAUCAAUGCAUUUCUCACAGACCACCACAAAGAGGUAAUAUUCUUGGACUUCAACCAUUUUUAUGGGAUGCAGAAAUAUCACCAUGAAAAACUGGUCCAAAUGCUGAAAGACAUCUACGGAAACAAAAUGUGCCCAGCUAUUUUUGCCCAGGAAGUGAGUCUAAAGUACCUAUGGGAGAAGGACUAUCAAGUAUUGGUCUUCUACCACAGUCCAGUGGCAUUGGAAGUGCCCUUUCUCUGGCCUGGGCAGAUGAUGCCAGCACCCUGGGCAAACACAACAGACCCCGAGAAAUUGAUCCAGUUUCUUCAGGCAUCCAUCACGGAGAGAAGAAAGAAGGGUUCGUUUUUUAUAUCUCAGGUGGUGCUGACACCCAAAGCAAGCACUGUGGUCAAGGGUGUGGCAAGUGGCCUCAGAGAAACCAUCACAGAAAGAGCGCUUCCUGCCAUGAUGCAGUGGGUCCGCACCCAGAAGCCGGGAGAGAGUGGCAUCAAUAUUGUCACUGCUGAUUUUGUAGAACUUGGUGAUUUUAUCAGCACUGUCAUAAAACUCAACUAUGUCUUUGAUGAAGGAGAAGCCAACACUUGAUAUUACUCUUUGGUGUGUCCAUGAGUAAGAUAGAGAAGCCUCAUUGUAUUAGACGUAUUAUCAAAUACACCCUCUGAUUUUCCUAUUCUGCUGAGCCUCUGAAGGAAUUAGGGCUGGUAGUGAGUGGGAAAAGAGGGUAAACCAUGUCUUCAGUGAUUGUAACCAUAUUCUGCAUUACUAUAAAUAUGUCAUUUCCCAUUUGGUGAGCAAAAUCUACUACUAGUGUUAGGAAUAGAAAAGAACAGUGAAUUUUGUUUUUCAAGAUUAAUGUUUGUGAUAUGUGACUCAUGAGUGUUUACUUGAUUGCAUUUUCUAGUUUCAACCUCGGGCUCCUAUACUAUUUAUACCCUCUACCCUUUCCACUCCCUCUCUCUUGCUCGCUCUUUCUAAUAGAUGCUAUACGGGUCUCAAAGCGAUUGAAUGCCCGACAUAAUGUGUAUUACAUUGUUGUACUGAAAUGUGUUUUGUGAGACUUGAUAAAAUAUUCCAUAGUCAUCUGCAAUUGAGUGAUCAUAGCUAAUUCUUGGUCAUAGAAAAUAUGCAUCAAAUCAGUUUCCCUGUAUCAGUAAUAUUGGCAGUCAUUAGUGAUUUUUGUGUUCUAUGGAAACAAUGAUGUUUCAGAGUAUUUCUGUGUGAGGCAGCUAGGACUAUCGUACAAAACGAUUUUUGGAAGGACUAUGAGCAUCAACUCUAUAUUUUAAAAAGAAGAAGACAAGAAGAAGAAGACUGUAUGCAGAGACAGCUACUAUUUUAAUUCAACAGUCUGGAAUAAUAAUGCCCUGCAAAUGUCAAGCUACAGUUGUGUGUUAAUCUGAAAAAAAAUUUUAAAUCUAUAAAAAUUUCUCUUAAUAAUUUUAAUUUUUCUUAAAUAACCAAAAGAAAGAACAUGAGACUCUCCUAUAAAAUUGGGAUUCCAAUGCAUAAUUCUAAAACCCAGAUUAUGAAAAAAGUUCUAAGGAAGCUUUAUUUGUGUUUAUACCUUAGAAGAAAAUGAAAGAAUGCAGAGGGAGUCCAAAUAAUGUUUUUGAGACUAUAUCCAUAAUCCCUAAAGUUCCUUUACAAAUUCUUUCAAUAUGUAUGAUCUCUACAGACUCAUCUACAGUCAGCAGUCCAAGUUCCAUCCUGCUUGAGGUGAGAAAAAGGCCAAUGGUCUGAAGUUUCGUACAAAGUUUCUGUGGUAUCACUUUUGGUAAUAACAAUGUUAACACACUUUGUUGUAUCCUCCUGUGUCUAGUAGUAUUUGACAACUCCAAAAACAAUCUUCAAAGGGCACAACUCCCCCUUCUCUUUGUUUUACAGGAAUAAUGUGAGGGAUUUGCAAAAAUCUAUACAAUUUCUUAAGUUCCUAAAAUUAUGAAUUAUAUUAUCUUCACAUAUAGAAAUAAUCAAACCUUAAUAGUUUCCUGGGACAAUGCAUUUCCAUGCAUAUCAAACUCCUGGAGAAAUGAAAGCACUCCCUUGGCUUUUAAUUAAUUUGAAUGGAAGACAAAUGAGUUAGUUUCUUUGACAUAGAUAAGGAAUUGAUUUAAAGUUUAUUUCUCAAUAUUGUAAAUAACCAAGAGUUGAUUCAAAGAAUAAUUACUCUUUAUCAGAAAACAGCACUUUCUAACAACUACAGAGUGGAAAAAAAAGUCUACACUCAAUAGAAUGUUUGUGAAAAAUGUGGUCUCUUUUUAGAAUAAGUAACAUGCCUAUGUGUACAGCAGAUAUGUUUAUAAUUCCAGUUGUGUGUGUAUUUUGUCACACAUACUCUGGUUCAAGCAAGCUGAUACUGAUAUACACAAAUACACACAUUAUAUGAAAACAUAGGAUAAUUGUCUUCAAAUAAAAGCACUGAUAUUAGUAAAUAAUUUAAUUUAAAAAUGAAUCCAAGAGCCAGGUAUGGUAGUAUGUGCCCAUAAUCCCAGAACUUGAGAAGAAGGAGAAUCAAUACUUCUUCAAGAGUAGCCUGGGCUAUACUUUGAGCUCAAGGUUGUCCUGGGCUACAUAGUGAGAUCCUAUCUCAAAAAUCGGAAUAAUAAAAUAAAAAUAACAUCCUUUAGCAAUGUAUGGGAAAUGUUACAAAACAUUUGAAAAUGAAGUAGUUCAUCAUAUAAAAUAUUUUUAUAAAAACAUUACAGCUUAGGACUUAAUAUU